GUCAGAGUCCGUGUUCUCUCUCUGCAGUAUAUCCAUAUAUAUAUAUAUACUGCAUAUGUAAGAUAGAUUAGGUUUUUUGCUUGCUAGUCUUGUGGAUAUUUUUGCAAGAGAUGGUGAAGCUGUUCGAAUUGGAGGAUUUCGAAAUCCCGGCCAAGAAUCCGCCGGAGGAAGCACUGAGGCGGUGGAGAGCCGCCGUCACCAUCGUCAAGAACCGCAGGAGACGGUUCCGGAACGUGGUGGAUCUCGUCAAGAGACACGCAGCCAGGAAAAAGAUGCUCAACUUCCAGGAACAAUUACGAGUUCUUCUUUAUGUCCAAAAGGCAGCAUUCAAGUUUAUUGAUGCUGGUGGUGUAGGAUAUGACCUGUCGGAAGAAGCUAGAGCAGCAGGCUUUAGAAUUCAUCCAAAUGAACUUGCAUCUUUCCUUCGUAGCCAUUCCUUUGAGGGACUGGAAUUCAUUGGAGGAGUAAAGGGAGUUUCUGCAAAAGUUAAUGUUUCAUUAGAUGAAGGUGUCAAAUCAAGUGAGCUACCUAUCAGGCAAAAGAUAUAUGGCUUCAAUAGAUACACAGAGAAACCCUCUAAAAGUUUUUGGAUGUUUGUAUGGGAGGCACUGCAUGACAUAACCCUUAUAAUCCUUAUAGUUUGUGCUGUAGUUUCUGUAGGUGUAGGACUUGCCACUGAAGGGUGGCCAAAGGGCACGUAUGAUGGGUUGGGAAUCAUACUCAGUAUACUUUUGGUAGUUAUUGUUACUGCUGUCAGUGACUAUAAGCAAUCCUUGCAAUUUAAAGAGUUGGACACGGAGAAGAAAAAGAUCACUGUUCAGGUCACUAGAGAUGGAUAUAGGCAGAACGUCUCAAUAUAUGACGUGGUUGUUGGAGAUAUUGUUCAUCUAUCCAUGGGAGACCAAGUUCCAGCUGAUGGGAUAUUUAUAUCAGGAUACAGUUUAUCAAUUGACGAGUCAAGUUUGUCUGGUGAGAGUGAUCCAGUAAAUGUUUAUGAAAAAAAACCUUUUCUUCUUGGAGGAAGCAAGGUGCAAGAUGGGUCAGGUAAGAUGCUGGUGACUACUGUUGGUAUGAGAACAGAAUGGGGUAAGUUGAUGGAGACCCUUGAGGAAGAGGGAGAAGAUGAGACCCCGCUGCAGGUGAAGCUGAACGGUGUUGCUACAACGAUUGGUAAGAUUGGUCUGGCUUUUGCUGUAUUGACAUUUGUGGUGCUGGUUGUAAGGUUUUUGAUGGAGAAACUACUUCACAAUGAGUUAACAGAUUGGUCUUCCAGUGAUGCACUGAAGCUCUUGGACUACUUUGCAAUUGCAGUAACUAUAAUUGUUGUUGCAGUUCCAGAAGGAUUACCUUUGGCAGUGACAUUAAGUCUUGCCUUUGCAAUGAAGAAGUUAAUGAAUGACAGGGCACUAGUGAGAAAACUUGCAGCAUGUGAGACAAUGGGUUCUGCUACUUGCAUUUGCACAGACAAGACUGGAACGUUGACAACAAACCACAUGGUAGUUGAUAAGAUAUGGCUAUGUGGAAAAGAGAAACAAAUAAUAGGCAGUGAAGGUAGAGACAUUUUGAGUUCAGAUGUAUCAGUGAAGGUUUUAGCCAUCCUUUUGCAGGCUAUAUUUCAAAAUACAGGUUCUGAGGUGGUCAAGGGUAAAGAUGGAAAGAAAUCCAUUAUAGGGACACCAACUGAAAAGGCAUUGUUAGAAUAUGGCUUGCUUUUGGGUGGUGAAUUCAACACCCAACGCCAGGAGUGUAAGAUACUGAAGGUUGAGCCUUUCAAUUCUGUCAAGAAAAAGAUGUCUGUUCUUGUCUCUCUUCCAGAUGGUGGCCUCCGAGCAUUUUGCAAAGGUGCAUCAGAGAUAAUAUUAGCUAUGUGUGAUAAAAUUAUAAAUAGCAAUGGGGAACCAGUUUGUAUGUCAGAAGAACAGGCAAGGGAUGCUGCAGAUAUCAUAAAUAGUUUUGCGUCUGAAGCUUUAAGAACUCUCUGCUUGGCAUUUAAGGAUAUUGAUGAUGCUUCUGAUGACGGCAGCAUUCCUGAUACUGGUUAUACAUUGAUAGCAAUUAUUGGAAUUAAGGAUCCAGUUCGCCCAGGAGUCAAGGAUGCAGUUAGGACUUGUUUAGCAGCUGGAAUUACUGUCCGAAUGGUCACUGGUGAUAAUAUCAACACAGCAAAAGCCAUUGCUAAAGAAUGCGGCAUACUUAUUGAAGGUGGUUUGGCCAUGGAAGGGUCAGAUUUCCGUAAUAAAUCUCCUGAAGAUUUGAAGAAUAUCUUACCUAGAAUUCAGGUAAUGGCGCGGUCCUUACCUUCAGACAAGCACAAGUUAGUAUCUCACUUGAGAAUGUUGGGAGAGAUUGUUGCUGUUACUGGUGAUGGGACUAAUGAUGCUCCUGCUUUGCAUGAGUCAGACAUUGGAUUGGCAAUGGGCAUAGCGGGAACAGAGGUUGCAAAGGAACAGGCUUCUGUGAUCAUAUUGGAUGAUGAUUUUACAACCAUAGUAAAUGUAGCCAAAUGGGGACGAGCUGUAUACAUCAACAUUCAGAAAUUUGUGCAGUUCCAGUUGACUGUCAAUAUUGUUGCUCUUACGAUCAAUUUUGUUUCUGCAUGCAUCUCAGGAUCUGCUCCCCUUACUGCUGUGCAGUUGUUAUGGGUCAACCUAAUCAUGGACACUCUAGGUGCGUUGGCACUGGCCACAGAACCACCCAAUGAUGCGCUUAUGAAUAGGCCUCCUGUUGGGAGAAGAGUGAGUUUUAUUACCAAUGCAAUGUGGAGAAAUAUAUUCGGUCAGAGUAUUUAUCAGUUGGCUGUCCUUGGAGUUCUCAACUUUGAUGGGAAAAAUCUCUUGAAACUUGAAGGUCCAGAUGCAUCUGUUGUUCUCAACACCUUCAUAUUUAACACCUUCGUCUUUUGUCAGGUGUUUAAUGAGAUAAACAGCCGUGACAUUGAGAAGAUCAAUGUCUUCCGCGGCAUGUUUAACAGCUGGAUAUUCAUAAUAGUUAUGGUGUCCACAGUAUCAUUCCAAGCCAUUAUUGUUGAGUUCUUGGGCACCUUCGCCACCACUGUGCCAUUGAGCUGGCAAUUAUGGGUGCUAAGCAUCUUAAUUGGAUCAGUAAGCAUGCUUGUAUCGGUUGUUCUGAAGUGUAUCCCUACUGAAAAAUGGCGGAUUCCCAAGCACCAUGAUGGCUAUGAGGCUCUCCCUAGUGGGCCUGAAAUGGCUUGAAGAUUGGAGCAAAAUGCGUGUACCUAGUUGAAAUGACACAGCCUGCAGGCCUGUGUUAAGAUCAUGUAAUGAUUUCUUUUUGUCGAGAAAAACUGGUGGGAAAUUAACGCACAAGUGGGAAAUAUGCCAUGCUGAUACACGUUAACUGCAACAAAAUACAAUCCUUUGACACCACUUCUACCUGUAGAAAUUAGGUUCUUUUCUUUACCACUUUGACAGUUAUUUGAGAAAUUUUCCCCUGCGUUUUGCCCUUGUAUAUAUAAAACAUGUCGUGAAGAAUAAGAAUCAUGUUGAGAAUUUCCUGAUUUCCCUGCUA